AUGUCAGAAUUCCGCCAGUGGCAUGCAAAAGAGCCCUUUCUCAACAUCCAUUGUUUGCUGGGCGAGGGUCCAUACUACGAAAAAGCAACACAUAGCCUCCGUUUUGUCGAUAUUGUGAAGAAACAACUUCACACAGUAUCAUUGGCUCACGGCCCUGGGUCUUUGGUGUCGAUUCAAUUGAACGAAGCCGUCUGCGCGACAGCGGAUAUUGAAAAUGAAGAUCCUGCAGAGAAGAUAUUAGUAGCUCUUAAAUACGGCAUCGCUGUAUUGAACAGGCAGACCGCCAACUAUGAAUACCUUGGUUUAUCAGGAAGUAAAGACCCAAGAGUGAGAAGCAAUGACGGUGCUGUUGAUCCAAACGGUAAUUUCUGGGUGGGAACCAUGACUGAUUUCGGUAUGGGGGAGUUUCGGGCAGAAGGAUCCCUUUUUCGACAUCACGGAACAUCAGCGCAGAGAAUGUUGUCUGGUCUUACGAUACCAAACUCAGUACGCUGGUCAGCAGACGGUAAAACUAUGUACUUUACACAUACAACAACACGACAGAUCUGCGCAUUCGACUUUUCAACUCUGGAAAGUUCUAUCUCGAACCAGCGCGUUUUAUAUCACCAUAAGGGGCCAGGUGUUCCAGAUGGAUUUUGCCUUGAUGUGAAAGGAAACAUUUGGCACGCAAUAUAUGGGGAAGGACGUGUACUUAGAAUCAACCCGGGAGGUGUGGUGACUGGGGAGAUCAAGGUUCCAACUAACAAUGUCACGAGUGUCGAGUUUGCCGGUACGUCGCUUUUCAUCACGACAGCAGAGGACAUCGAAGGAAGCUCAAGGAGCAAAGAUUUGAGUGGCGCAUUAUUUCAGGUCGAUGUGGGGAUUUGCGGGUUGGGCCAUCAUUUGUUCAAAAUGAAGCCAUCCAAUAGCCAUGAUUAG